CUGGUCGAGCAUUCGUAUUUGGGCCGAUUAGAGAGCUGAGCUAGGGAGAUAAUGGAAUGGGCCUCUUAGUCAAUGGAGGCCCAAUAUAGUAGCAUUGCGGCGGGAAAAUUGAAUAACGGCUCGCCGUCGAGCUAGCGGAGACGAACUUCUCUCUUCCCGCUCGCCGUUGCAUCUCCUGUUUGCGGAAAAGAAACUCAUGCCGUUGAGCAUUGACCGGCAAAAGGAAGAAGCCAGCAAUUGACGACUUGGUUGCUGAGAAAGCAAAGGAAGAGGAAAGUGAGCGUUCUUUGAAGGACGUCGGUUUGCUCAGCUUGUUCCGCUGCCGCAGCCUGGUUGAUUCGAAAGCUUGAAUCGACGUCGUGAGUUGCAGUACUCUACUUAAUUCCAAAGCUGCAUAGUGCAUACCAGGUGUUCGACGAAAAGCCUCUAUUUCGACGUUUACACGAGUAGCGUCGGCGGUUCAGUUGUCCUGGUUUGGCAUAGAGGGUUUAACUUUCAGGAGCAGCAAUGGCUGCUACUAAGACUCGGACAAGUAGCUUCUCUCGCAACCUACCGGCUGCAUCUUCUGCUCAGAGCCCUGAAAUCAAGUGCGGUCCUAAUGGCACAUUUUUUGUCUCCUCUGGAAUACCUGAUCUUGACAAGACGCUUGGUGGUGGAAUUCCUUUGGGAAGUUUGGUCAUGGUGAUGGAAGAUUCAGAAGCACCUCAUCACAUGCUUUUACUGAGGAACUUCAUGUCUCAAGGACUUGUUCAUAAGCAGCCUCUUCUCUAUGCCAGUCCGUCCAAAGACCCAAGAGGAUUUUUGGAUAACAAACAAGAUUUCUCGAACGAGUUUGACCUGCGGAGGCCAUUGGAUAGACAUUUCUACACCACGCAGCAUGUAGAUUGUAUUAGCACCCAUGACCUACCAAAUCUUGCUCCACUUCAGGAGCGCUGCACUUCGUUUUUGUCACACUUUCCCAGGUACUCUGUGAACUUUCUGACAAUAUUUUGAGCGAUUCCUUGACUUCGGGCUUAUCAUUCGGGAACUUUGUAUCCUAGAAGCUUCCAUCUUCAGAGGAAUGGACAAAGGAACAUGCAUGUUGUCUUCAUGCAUAAUGCAAGAAACAACGACAAUUGUGUUCUGUAUGUCCCUUAACAUACAUCUUUUACUAUUGACUUUGUUGGCCUUACCAAUCUUCUACUUGUCAUGUUCAGAAGUGACUCGAACAUUGUUUGCACUGGCCGUAUUGCCAUCCAGUCUUUAUGUGCACCCCAAUGUGAAAACUCCUCCAUGGAAUGGGAAAUGCUUUCCUUUAUUAGAGCUUUGAAGAGCACUGUGCGGUCUGCAAAUGCAGUUGCUAUAAUUACAUUCCCUUCGUCCCUUGUAUCACCUUCCUUCUGUAAAAGAUGGCAGCAUCUAGCAGACUGUCUGGUGUCGGUCAAAGCAAUCCCAGAUGAAGACAAGGAGUUGGCGAAACUCCUCACGGGCUACCAGGAUAUCGUCGGCUUUCUUAACAUACACAAAGUGUCACGCAUCAACACUCAAGUUCCUGCAGUUCUGGAGGCAACAACGCUUUCGAUAAAGCUUCAAAAACGUCGGUAUUUGGUUUUGGAAUGCUUGAAUCAAGCCCCGAUUGAUGGUUCUGGUGGGACCUCUUAUGGCACGUCUGGAAGCUGUUCUGGUUCCUCCUCCAAGUCUGGCUCCCUUAACUUUUAGAACAAGGCACCCCAGAUGCUAUUGGUAUUGCCCUACCGAGUGUCAUUCCAUGUAAUCUUCGGCGAUAAUACCAGCUCGCAAGGCAUGCAUUCAUGUGAUUGGUUCUCUCGUACUUCUCGUUUUUCUGUUGCAGGAAUCUGUCAUGUGCAUUUAUUUAAUAGAAUAAUUAUUUAAUUAGGAGUUGUUAUGGGUGGGGAUUAUGACGUGAUUAGUGGGAAUUAGUGGGUUAGUGGUUACCUAGAAGUAGGGACUUAGUUUAGGUUUGCUUUGUUGUUUCUGUUAGUUCAGUAUUUUGUAGGGUUAUUAGUUUUGUAUUUAAGGUAGCAAAGUGACAGAGGAAAGGAAUCAAUGAAGUAUAAUCAAGAAAAGGGU